AGGCCGCAUAGCUUUGGAUAGCUCACUCCUGAUUGGCCAGCAGAACGGCCUCACAGAUUCAGGCUUUGCUCUGAUUGGUUGCUAGUGACAACUCCCGGAGUUACCUUCUAUAAGCCGUUUUUUUGCCUUCUUGUGAAAAAAGUUUGGGCCGAUACGUGAUCAGCGGGAGCCACCGGCAGCAGUAAGUGUUCUGUCCCGUGGAGAGCGCGCAGACUGUGAGAUUACUGGCGUGGGGCGCGCAGAGCAGCUCCGAGUGGAAGAUGCAGACCUCCAAAAGUUUCCGCGUGGAUGAUUUCAUCGCAGGAUGGAUUGCAGGAGCUUCCAGUGUGGUUGUUGGCCAUCCGCUGGAUACAGUAAAGACUCGGCUCCAGGCAGGGAAUGGCUACAAAAACACUCUGCACUGCAUCCUCACCAUCUACAGGAAGGAAACGGUCACAGGAUUCUUUAAGGGCAUGUCUUUCCCCCUGGCCAGCAUCACGGUCUACAACUCGGCCGUGUUUGGCUUCUUCAGUAACACUCAAAGACUCAUAAGCAAUUAUCGCUAUGGUGACGGGCAGCAUCCCUGCAGCAUGUUGGACCUGACCAUGGCCAGCAUGCUGACCGGACUGAUGUCUGUGAGCCUGGGAGCUCCAGUGGAUUUGGUUAAGAUCAGACUCCAAAUGCAAACGCAGAUGGUUCUAGCAGAGAACCUCCACCUUGCGGGCAACAUGUCGAAUGGCACCAACAUCCGUCUGCGCUCCGUCAGCAUUCUCAGCCAGCAGCAGCUGUACCGAGGGCCCAUCCACUGCAUCAGCAGCAUCCUGCAGACCGAGGGCCUCCAGGGCCUGUACAGAGGAGCCGGAGCCAUGAUCCUGAGGGACGUACCCGGAUACACGCUCUACUUCAUCCCUUACGCCAUCUUCUGCGACCUGCUGAGGCCGGACAACACUUCGAGCCCACAUCCAUGUUCCAUCUGGCUGGCAGGAGGACUGGCAGGGUCCAUUUCCUGGGUCACAGCCACACCAACCGACGUGGUAAAGAGUCGAAUGCAGGCUGAUGCUCAGCUGCAGAGGAAGUACAAGGGAGUUUUACACUGCAUCAUCCACAGCUACAAGACAGAGGGAGUACAGGUGUUCUUCAGGGGAGCAUCAGUGAACGCCAUCCGAGGCUUCCCAAUGAGCUCCACCAUGUUCCUGACCUAUGAACUCUCUCUGCGGUUCUUCAGGGGUCUUUAGGACACAUUUUACUAAUUAAAGGAGUCACACUGAGUUACUUGGAAAAAUGAGCACAAAGCAAAUAGAGCCCAGCGUCUCUGAAACGAGAGACUGGUGACAGUGUAAGUCAUCUGAUCAAACCUUUAGCUCAGUCACACAGACAGUUUUAUCACACCGGUGGCCAGCGAUGUUACGCAAUGCUGCUUGAGUUAUUCAGAGAUUAAAGAUUUUAGUGUUGGUGCUGCAGAGUGAUUGUGUGGAGCUAUUUUUAUAGUUUUAUAAAUUGGAUCAGUUUCAGGUGGAUUGCAAUUAUUGGUCAAAUCAAAAAGUAUCUUCUUGUUAUGUGUAGUAUAAUAGUUGAAUGACAUGUUGAUGUCAGAAUUUUACUGAAGUUGAAUUUUUCUUUGCUGCAUAUUUACCAAAGAACUCUGUGUGUUCCUCCGAGGUUUGUUUUUGGGGCAAGUCUGAACUUCCUGUGCAAAAGACGGUCAGUAUGGAGGUGAUGUGCACAGUAAUAUUGUGUUAAUACACAGUAGUGCACUGUUAGCAUGUGAUUGGUGAUCUGUAGGGAAAAGAAAGGAAGUCCGGUGAUGAGGAGUAAAACUGACAUAGAUGUCAUGUGUAGUCAUCAGCGCAUAAUGUUUCAUACUGAAUACGAUCAGCUAAAAGAUUUUUAAACAGAUCUCAUGUAUAACUUAGCUAUUUCACUUUGUAACCUCCACAUGUAGAAGUGUUUAUCUGGCCUUUAUGUGCUGCACUUUAUCUCAGAGAGAUAAGCUCAAUUGACCAAGUCAAUGUGAAAAGAUGAGUUUGACAUUUUCAACAGAAGCAGAGGGUCAACAUAUUCUGUUACCUCUUAGUUGUAGGUUUAAUGGUUGUAGGUUGUAGGUUAUUUAACUGGAUGUACCUUACAUAUAUUCAAAAUGAUUAAACGCAUCAUUUUAAUGAGUUUUAGAUGUUCUUUCUUCUGCUCUCUCGUUCUGUACUUUAAAAUCCUGUUUAUGUUGAAAAUGGCACAUCCACAGAGUCAUAACAUGAAAUGUUGCCUUCCAUGCGGACUGGAAGUGUUGCACACUAACGUCCUCUUGUACAUUUGUUUGUGUGUUUCUUAUAUUAAGAAAAGUGAGUUUUACAAGUUUAUAAUUAAACGUCCUGCUAACAAACUUUCCACAGACUGCAGUUAAAAGCUUUGGCGUUUCGCUCUGAAGUCAGAUUAAAAUUAUAACAGGAUUUAUUGUUUUUAAAACCCUGACAUGUAAAUAUGUGUAAAUAUGUUCGCUGCCAUUCCACAUGACAGGGAGCCAGAAAUUUCUUAUUGUACAUAAAUAAAAGCUUUUAAUCACA